UUCCUCGAUUUUACUUGGAUCUCAUUAAGUCUACCAAUCGUAGACGGACUAAACUCUGUUCUACAUAUAUAAAGUUGGCAGUGUCUCCUGCUAUUCUUCCCCGCAUCCUUUAUCUGUUCAAGAUGCACCGGUCAAGCAGUCAUACCUACCAAACAACCAGCUCAAGAAGCUCGUCGAGUCACGCCAGCAGCAGUGCAUUCAGUCCAAAUGCCAAUCCCAACGAAGACUGGACCAAGAUAUCAGAUCUUGCCGAGCGGCGGCGUAUUCAGAACCGAAUUGCACAGCGCAAUUAUCGUAAAAAGCUCAAGCGCCGCCUAGAGGACCUUGAGAAGAGGGCUGCCUCAGCUUCAGAAUCCCCAGAACGGUCCAACGAGAGGACUGAAGUGCCAAAGAGUUCGCAUCCGGCCAAGCCUCGUGCUAGAAACUCUCGCACUUCUAAGUCGAACGCGGAUGCCACGAGACGGACUACAGUGGAGAGGAUCCCAGCUUAUGAUGGUUAUGCAGCACAGGAUGACCGGGGGGCGAUGUUCUCCCAUCAAUGUACGCGCCAGCUCUCCGCAUCACCCCCGCCUGUGUACUCUUAUCCUUCAUAUUCCCACUUGGAACCCUACGGACAGUCCCCAUAUGGACAGCCACAUCCCUACCAUUCAAUCCCGAGUACCUACAGUGAUAUGUAUCAUGGAGAGUAUGGAACCUCCGUACCAUCUAUUCUCCCCGUUACAAUGGCUACGACAGGCCCAAUCAAGAGGCCGCAUGUCUACGCGGACGAAGAUAUUGUGAGCCCGUUUAGCAUGAGCUACGCAUCCAUGGCUGGCAUCGAUUUGUGUCCGAGUUCUCAACAUCUUUCGGAGUCCAAUAUCCCUAUGCCGCCGCUGUCGCACGUUUGCAGCGAUGAUCAUUCCUCCCCAUCGACACCAGCGGAGCCGCCCAAUCUGGCAUGCCCUCUUACCCCCGAGUCGGACACAUGCUCUCCCCACUCGUACCCUCUAUUUUAAUGACGUUAUUUGGUUUGCUUUUGGCGAUGGCUUGUUGUAACGACUGGUACGAUAAAUUGGGUUAUGUGUACGGUGGAGUUUUAUUUCAUUCAUUUGACUAUUUUGGGUGGGCAUGGGAUGCCAUCUGUUUUCAGACAUCACAAGACAUGGCAGGGCGCAGCUUUACAGGGCCUUGGGUUUGGGU